AAGGCAACGCCAAUUCGAAACAUUCAAGCAGAUUCAGCGGUUGCAUGUGUUCUUAAAACAUGUUUUACUCAUCAAUAAGUAUCACUGUCCUGCUGGCAGUUGUGAACGUGGUUUCCAGUGACUGUCCAAACGGCUACCUGCGCCACGACGACUCCUGCUACAGUCUCAUCCGUGUGCAAGCAUCAUGGGCGGAGGCAGCCGUGUACUGUCAGGCUAUAGGCUCCCAUCUGGCUUACGUGAAGACGGCUUCGGAACAGACAUUCCUUGAAGGUUAUCUCAAACGAGAAGACUCUACUAUAACUACUGAUGGAGUGUGGAUAGGUGGAUUGACGUACCUGAUACAGAACGAGUGGCAGUGGGGAUUUCAGAACACCCGAAUCGAAAGUACCUGGUGGUCUCCUGGACAGCCUGAUGAUUAUCACAAUAUCCAGCUCUGUCUGAUGUUGUACAAGGGAGAGAGCUAUCGGUGGGACGACAAAGAAUGUAACUUCAAGGAGUUUUUCUUAUGUGAACUGGAGCUGAAGUCCACCCCUGGAAUAGUUGGGAAAUAACAAUGGAAGAAAGCCCGGCUUUGAGGAUAACAGUUCUUCUGUCCCGAGAAACACUGUUUUUCUAGUAGUAAUGUACAUCAUGGUUUUAAAUGUAUUUUGUAAUACAUAAUGUGUAUAAUUACUGACGGAUACAUUAAUUGUAAACUCCAGUGAUGCCCCUACAUGAUCGUAAAAUAUUUAUGAUCUCUGUUCAUUCUGAAUAUGCAAGCCUCUGGAAGUUUGAAAAGGACAUGGACAUAGUAUUAUCACUUACUAUUUACAUUAGUUGAUGUAUUAACAUGAAUAGUUCAUCAUUAAUGAUACUAGAACAUUAAGUAUUCAACGCU